CAACCCAACUCUAUAUAUGUGUGUUCACUACUCUAUUCUAAAAAGCUAUAACACGUUAUAUGAUAUCACGUGAUAUUCAACACUAAAAAAUUUAUCGACAAAUCCAUUGAUUGAUUGAUUGAAUCAAUCAAUGAAUCGGUAAUUGUUUGACAACAACAACAAUAACAUUACCGAAGACCAGACAACACCCGUCGGGUAUAACAGACACACACACAUCUCGGAUGACACACUAACCAUACCCUACAAUGCAUGAACCGCCUCCCGAACUGCCAAUUGAAUGGCGGCCAGUUGUCGGCGUAGACGACUCGGACAGCAGUGAUUUCACUUAUGUCGGCAAAGCGGACAACUUUAAUGGCCACCAAUUGAUUGCCGAUUUCGAACGCCGAAUUGGCCAAGUCGAUCACAUGUUGGCCAGUGUCCGAUCGGUUAACGAUCAGUAUAUCCGAUUGAAAAACAAUGAACAAAUGUUGAGCAAUAUGGUGGCCAGAUUUCAUGGCCAAUUGGUGGGCUGGGAUUCGGCAUUGGACAAUAUCGAUGACCGACGAAAGUCAUGCGAUCGGCAGGUCAUUGUCCGCCGAUUGGAUGAAUUGACGGCCGCACUGAUCGACGAAAAUGAUAGCGGCCUUAUCAGCGGUGGUGGCGGCGGCGGCAGCGGUGGAGAUGAUAACCGAAAAAUGGUCGACAAUGUGUUUGACGAUUACCGACUACUGUGCGACGCUCGCGCCCAAUGUCUGCUCAAACAAAAUGAUGCCAUAUUUGAGGCCAAUGUUGCCGAACGAGAGGACAAACUUAUGGACAGUAUAGUCACGAAUCAGUUGUUGAGACAAAAGAUCAGUACAAUUGAGUCCCGACAACAAAACUCCAAACAACAACAAAAUCAGCACCCGAUGGUGGCCAGUGUGGCCGCCGCUACCGUCGUCACAGACACUGCCGAUGUUGUCAAAUGUCCCGAUUUAUGGAUUAUCCGGUUAGACCACAAUUAUACGGCCACACUUGCUGUCGACGGCGAUUGGCAAUCGUUUGGCGAUGUCUACCAUCAAUUGGCCGAUUUGGACGGCGCUAUCUAUAAUAAUAAUAAUAAUAAUACCGUCGCCGCUGCCGCCGGCGAUAGUUGUCCGCAAAAAUUUAACAAAACUACUAAUGAUUGUUACCAAUCGUCGUCGUCGUCGAUGAUAAUGAUGACGAAGACGCCGACGACAAACGAUAUGGUCGUCAACGACUUCGAUGGCAACAAUUCGCCAUUCGGUUACAUAAUCGACAACUGUGUCAACGAGGAGGAAGUGGUUACCGAUUUUGGCGGCAACGGCACUACCAUUACUACUACCGAUACUACUACUAGCACUAACACCGCCGCCGGCGCUUUCGUACGCAAAUUAUCUGCAAAUCCGGACAUACAAUGGCUGUAUAACUACCAGUCAAACAAUAGUAGAGUACUACGACACGACUGUCCACAUUGUAAUCGAUAUUUCGAUACCCAUAAAGGAUUGAAUAUACACAAAACAGUGGCUCAUAUGCGACAAGAUAGCCGUUACCGGAUAUUCCCGACAACAACAACACCAUCAUCAUCGCCGAUGACCAUACUGGCCAACCAACUAAUUUAUAACUAACUAACUAAUUAAUUAAGUUAAACAUACUUGUGUUUGGCUC